CCCAGACCCGACAGGUGCGCUGGGUAGAGCGCAGGGACCGUGGCCGUGCAACGCCAGCGCCGACGGCUUUCUGGUCUGGUGCCCCAGAGGCUGUAGACAAGAUGGAAUCAACUCCAUUUAAUAGACGACAGUGGACUUCCCUGUCAUUGAGAGUAACGGCCAAAGAACUUUCUCUUGUCAACAAGAAUAAGUCAUCGGCAAUUGUGGAAAUAUUCUCCAAGUACCAGAAAGCAGCUGAAGAGGCAAACACGGAAAAGAAGAGGAAUAACACUGAAAAUCUCCCCCAGCAGUUUAGAAGAGGGACCCUGUCUGCGUUAAAGAAGAAGUGGGAGAACCCGGUGGCCGGAGCGGAGUCCCACAUAGACACACUGCCAGACAGCAGCAGUGAGGGUGGGCGCAGCGUGGACCCCUCUCCUGCCGAAGUGACAGAGGGCUCUGCUUCUGGACCCAGAGAAGACCGGGAAGAGCAAACCCAGCCCAAACCUAGAUUUGGAUCUCGUCCGGAAGCCGUUAUUCAGUCUCGGUAUCCCCGCUCCCAGGACAGCCUGGAUCUUAAAGUCCAGGCCACAGAAAGUCAAAAAAUGGAAAAUUUUCUGGGAGAUUCCAGGCAUGAAGUAGAGAAAUCUGAAAUGAAUGAAAACACAGAAGCUUCAGGCAAAAUAGAGAAAUACAAUGUUCCACUAAACAGACUAAAGAUGAUGUUUGAGAAAGGCGAGCACACUCAAAACAAGAGUCUUUGGACCCAAAGCCGAAAUGCAAGUGGAAGGAUCUCUGAGAACAGCUAUUCCCAUGAUGACUUGGAAAUUGGUCCGGGUCAUUUGUCAUCCUCCACAUUCAACUCAGAGAAGAACGAGAACAAGCGGGGUCUGGAGCUCCCGCGCCUCUCGGAGACCUCCAUCAAAGACCGCAUGGCUAAGUACCAGGCCGCCGUGUCCAAGCAGAGCCGCCCAGCUGGGAAUGAGUUGAAAGCCAGUGGCGGUGAGAUCAAAACUAAGUUGGAACAAAAGGAGAAUGUGCCCCCAGGUCCUGAGGUCUGCAUCUCCCAUCAGGAAGGAAAAAAGGUUUCUGCGACUGAGAAUAGCCUGAUGGCCCAUUGUAGCCCUGCUGAAGAUGAUGCCUGUGCCUCCCAGGUGAAGAGUGAGGCCCCGCAGCCUAUGCACCCCGAGCCACUGAGUCCUGAUGGCAGAACCUCCAGUCUUUCAGAAAGUUCUCCUUCCAAAACGGUGAAGAAGUUUCAGGCACCUGCAAGAGAGACCUGUGUGGAGUGUCAGAAGACCGUGUACCCCAUGGAGCGUCUCCUGGCUAACCGGCAGGUGUUUCACAUCAGCUGUUUCCGCUGCUCCUAUUGCAACAACAAACUUAGUCUAGGGACGUAUGCCUCUUUACAUGGAAGAAUCUACUGCAAGCCUCACUUCAACCAGCUCUUCAAGUCUAAAGGCAAUUAUGAUGAAGGCUUUGGGCACAGACCGCAUAAGGCUCUUUGGGCAAGCAAAAGUGAAAAUGAAGAAACCACAGAGAGACCAGCCCAGCCUCCAAAUGCAGGGGAGACCCCCCAUAGCCCUGGGGUAGAAGAUGCCCCCAUCGCUAAGGUGGGUGUCCUAGCUGCAAGUAUGGAAGCCAAGGCUUCCUUUCAGAGGGAGAAGGAAGAUAAGCCAGCAGAGACCAAGAAACUGAAGAUCGCCUGGCCACCCCCAGCUGAGCUUGGCAGUUCAGGAAGUACCAUGGAGGAAGGGUUCAAAGUCUCUAAGCCCAAGUGGCCUCCUGAGGAGGAAACUGGCAAGGCAGAGGCUCCCGAGGACGUAGACCUGGACCUGAAGAAGCUGAGGCGCUCUUCCUCGCUGAAGGAGCGGAGCCGGCCAUUCACUGUAGCAGCCUCAUUCCGAACCUCUUCGGUCAAGAGCCCCAAGACGUCGUCUCUCGGGAAAAGCUGGAGCAUGUCGGAGCAGAAUGAGGAGUUUGGAGGAGGGUUAGUAACGGAAAGGAAACGUAUGGAAAGUGCCGAAGGCCCUGGGCAGAAUGGAAAUGUGGACAAGGCACGCCGCCAGAGCAGGGAUUCCGCCAGGGAGGAAGCGGUGAGGAGUAAGGACAUUCAUGGUGUUGAGCUGGAGAGUGAGAAUUUCAUAGAAAACGGAGCAAACAUAGAUGAAGAUGAUAGCAAUGACCUCACGCAGCAAUCACCACUAGAACCCAAGUCUCCAAGUUGGUCCCGCUUUGUGGACACCACUCCUACUAAAGAAUUCACUACCCAGAAUCAAAAAUCUCAAGAUGUUGGGUUCUGGGAGGGGGAAGUGGUCAGAGAGCUGUCUGUGGAGGAACAGAUAAAGAGAAAUCGGUACUACGACGAGGAUGAGGAUGAAGAAUAACAGAAUGCCGUGGUGCUGGCCUUAAACUCCCACAGUGCUAGUCUCUCUUCCCUUUAUCAAGUGGUGCGCAGAGACAGGCAGCCUGGCGCCAACUGUCAUCUAUAUGGGAGCCACUUGGGAAAGAAAUUCCUGCUACCAAAACAGAACACAAGCAAAGAGAAUCAAUUCUAAGUGCAUUAUUGAAACUCCAUUUUAAGCCUGGCAUGGUGGUAGACACCUUUAAUCCCAGCACUCAGGCAAGGCAGCAGAUCUCUGAGUUCAAAGCCAGCCUGAUCUACAAAGAAGUUCUAAGACAACCAGAGCUGCACAGAGAAAACCCAUCUCAAAAACUCAAAAAGGAAGAAAAAAAAAGAACGAGAGAGAGAAAGAAAAGAAAGAAACUCCAUUUUUAGCAGCGAAGAAUGCAUAAGGGCCAAGCGGGGAUUCUCUGGGUAAUGCAGCCAGCGCCCACUGCAUUCCCAAAAGUCAAUAUUAAAAUGUCUAGACAGAGACACAUUUCACAAUACAAAUAAAACCAUUGUGGAAUUGGAAACAAACAGAACAGAUUUAGGUGCCUACAUAUCAUGACCAGAAGCACUUUAGUAUAAAGGGCAAGUGUAGAUAUUUUUACCAAUUUCCUUUUUUAGUACUCAAUGUUAAAUCAAGUAUUUAGUCUUUCAAAAAAUUUUUUACGGAUUUUCUCCCUCUGGUAGAUAUGGGAAACUAUCGCUUUGCAUCCUGCUCUCUGCAUUUUUGAUUACUGAGGUAUUAUACAGCCACCUGUGGCCCAGUGAGAUGGCUCACUGACUAAAGGUGCUUGCUACACAAACCUGGCCACCUGAGUUCGAUCCGCAGCACCCACAUAAAGGUGAGCAAGCAGGCGUCACAAAGUUAUCAUCUGACAAAUGUGCCCUGUGGCACACACACCCAUCAAAAAUAAUAAACAAUUAAAAAAGAUAAGCCACCCUUCCGAAAUAACUUGGAGACAAAGACCAGCCUAUAUGGUUUAGUGCUUGGAGAAACCCAACUGUACCCAGACUGUAGCAUUUGCCAGUGGGUUUAUCUGAUCUCUAGGUGAUUGCCUCCUCUUUUUGGUGGCUUCGUACACUUUACUGGAAGCUGAAAUGUUUUUAUAAUACCUUUGGAUUAGUGUUCACCGUGCUCCUGUAGAACACAGUGAAGACAACUCCAGGAGGGAUAACAGGAGGGACAGCCUGAGCUCAGACCUCCUAAUGCCUAUCAGCUCCGAGGUAUUGAUUUUUAUGGCAGAUAAUAUUUCCAGGGUUAGAUUAAAUCAGUUUUAGGUCUUUCUUCUUGGAUGGUAGCCUAGCUUGAGUCUCUGGUGUGCUAGAAGACAGGGCUGAAAGCCACCGACAGGAGGAAGUUCAUUUCCUCAUACAGGUCGUAGUCUGUGGUUCUCAGAGGAAACCGGGCAGGAAGCUGGAAGCAGGACCGUCUUACUCAGCUUGCUUUUGUGUACAACCAGGGCCGCCUGCCGGGGGUGACUGCUCACAACAACAGACCCCACAGACUGAGAUCCCCAGACCACUCAUUCUGUUUCUCGAGUUGGCAAAAACCAGCCCAGGGGGUUUUCUCUGGCAUUAAGGCUUUAGAACAUUCUAAGUGAGUACAGGGUACAUUUGUUAAAUGUGGCUGAUAUCACGAAUCAUGUAUGGGGGGUGUUUUUAAGGUAGAGGCCUUUGGGCAUUUGUGGAGAUGUUAAAUAAUGCUUCCUUAUAGUCUUCUUUAGCCUAAAACUUUUUUAUUCAAUAAAGCUUUUAAUUUACA